UUGGUUGUGUUUAGUAUUUUCAUAACAUCAGCGCAUCACGCAUACUAAAUACAUUGCGAAGGGAGCGAAGCGAAAAUCUUUUUUUUUCGGUAUUCCAAUCAACGCGAGUAGUCUCAAGCGGUUGCUGCGUGGCGAAGGUGCGUGGUGGUGCUCUGCUCUUGGUGGUUUUCAUCCCGUGUAUAAACAAUACGAUAUAUCAUAAUAAACAGCAUAUCGAAGACCGCACAUCCGGCUAUUAUUAGCAUUCGUAUUUUUAUAUAUAAAUGUGUCCCUGGACGGUCCAAUAACAAAUUGUAUCGCGGCUUGUGUUAUUAUCCUUCUUCAUCCAUGACUCGUGCCGUUUCUUCAGGUAGUAAAAACAUGCCUGCGAAGAAGUGCUGGGGCAACGAUGAGCCCAUCCAGCUCUACGUCGUGCUGACAUUGACCAUCAUCUACUUCAUUUGCGAACUGGUCUUGAGCCACGUUACGCACGCCCUCGCACUCCUCAUGGACUCGUACCACAUGUUAUGCAACAUCAUGGCCUUAGCCGGAUGCAUUAUAACCAUUAAGCAUGGAAAAAACAAAAAUUCGACGGAGUGCAAGGAGCCUUCGAGCACGACGUCAAGCGUGGGUGAUCUUCCUGCGAUGGAAGUGAAUUGCCAGGAUUCUAAGAAGCAGAUAGACAGAACGAAAUCGUCUGCGCAAAAGGAAAAGAAGCUGAAGAAUACGUUCGGAUGGGCGAGAAGCGAUGUGAUUGCUAUGCUGAUAUGUUGCGUAUUUCUUGCUUCCUUGAGCUUCUCUAUACUGGUAGAAGCUCUGCAAACGCUGUUCCACAUAGACCAUCAGCACGAGGUCCAUCAUCCGAUCAUUAUGAUUUGUUUUGGAGCGUUGGGACUUCUGCUCAAUGGGAUUUGCUAUCUUCUGAUUGGAGGUUACACUUUCCACCAAGGCAGUUUUCUUUUCGUGACGGAAAGCGGUGAUGUUAUUCUUAACAGGGUGGUGACGAACGAAUCUGUAAGCCGCGGGGAAAGACGGCUGAGUCGCACGAAGAACAUGCCAGUGCCUGUUGGAGUGAAUCCUCCAACGCGCCAAAGGCAGGGUUUCUUGGAGAUGGUUCGCGACAUCAUCGGGUGCAUCUUCGUCAUCAUCACUGGUUUGGCCACGUACUUCUCUGAACAGAGCGUCGCCAAAUAUGUUGAUCCUCUUUUGUCGAUCACCUCCGCCGUAGUCCUGAUGUGGCUCAGCUAUCCGUACAUGAAGGAGAGUUGCUUGAUCCUUCUUCAAACCAUUCCUGAUACCAUUAACAUUGACUCGAUGAAGACUCAGCUGAUCCAGCACUUCCCCGAUAUCGUGAACGUGCACGAUCUUCACAUCUGGCAACUCACCGCCAGCAAAGUCAUCUCUACUGCGCACAUAAUCUUCCAGAACCCCAAGGUUUACGCCAAAAUCAUGGACGAUGUUAAGGAAUUCUUCCUCGAUCAUGGCAUCACGCAGGUUACCAUCCAACCAGAGUUCUAUACCAAAUGCUCCAGCGUUGAGAGCCUCAACUCCGUUAACAAGCAUCCUCUCUGUCUAGUCAAGUGUCAAGACGAGGCAUGUGUCAAUCAGCAUUGCUGCCCCACACCUAAUCUACAGAUGAUCAGUUCCAAGUCCAGAGAGGAUCUGAUAGCCGAAGUAGAAGUAGUAUGCGAACCAACAACGGUCGAAGAAAACCAAGCUGUGUGAUACAAAACAGAAAUCAUUGAUUUUAUACUAAUUUUUUUGACGUAUUUUUAACACUUCUGCGACGUGCAAUUGUAUAAAGAGAGAUAAAUUUUACUAUUUAUGACGAUAUCAUUCCAAACAUAUAUUUUUUAUUAAUUA